UGGAAUAAUUGUUAAUUAUACAAUCUCGAGAAAGGAGGUUUCUUCACACACUUUGAUUCUGUCCGUCAACCCCACAACAAGUUCCUAUUUCGAAAGGCGGAACAUUGGCAGUUCUGAUAGCUUGAGGAUACUAAAUAGGAAAUCACCCAGAGUUUUCCCAAUUGACAAAAAUUACGGUCGAUAUUUUCGGGAUUAAAAAUGCUUGAUAUCUAAGGAGAAAGGUGAGAAUGUGCUUACAUAGUAAUAGAGGCAAAAACCCUUGUCGCGCGCAUGCCAGUGACGCCUCCUCUAUCGGAAAACAGUUCAAGGUGAUAACGCACGCGUGUGGAGUAGAGUAAUCUAUCUAGUGAUCUUUUGGGACGCAAAAGUUUAGACAAGUCAGCGAUAGAUUUUUUGUUUACUGCUACACACAGUAGAUGGCCGCUCCGAAGAUUGACAGCUGUACAGUUUACGUUUCCUUCAGUUUCAUGAUCAGCUAAUAUGUUCCUUCGACUUCUUUGGCUCGAAGAUGCUGUAAACUAACCAGUUAGGAACACUCGCCUUAAGUAUACAGAAGACAAAUGUGUGGAACGUAAAAAUGCUGUGGGAACAAGUGAAAUCGUGCAAGGAUAUUCGUGCAGAGAAAACAGGAUGCGAGAGCUUACCUCACCGGCUCGCGAUAUUUCGUCAGCUGUUUAACCUGUCGAUCAUCAGCGAGUUGUUUUGAAACAAAAUCUUUAAAAUUUAUGAAAAGUGAACUGAAAGUCACACAUCAAGGACUAUGAAGGAUUUAGGAGAAUCGGAAUGUCCGCCGUUGAUAACUCGUCAACGCCGAAGACGAUACAGAAUCAAUUUGUCUCGACAUGUUUACAAUGAACAAGAAUUCACUGAGUCGUUUAUCAAUCAAGAGGAAUACACAGCGAGCUCUGAAUUUGAACCCUCUUCCUUUGCAAAAACAUUAAGGCGAAAUUUCCUGCCAUCUAGAUGUACGUGUAAAGAAAUCUUACAAUCAUGGUUUCCCAUAGUGGAAUGGCUACCAGCGUAUAAUGUUCGGCGUGACUUAGCGCACGAUAUAGCAGGAGGGAUAACCGUGGCGAUCAUGCAUAUUCCUCAAGGUCUGGCAUAUGCAUUGCUAGCAUCACUUCCAGCUGUUACAGGACUGUACACAGCUUUUGUUCCUAUUCUUGUUUAUAUGGCAAUGGGGACAUCCAGGCAUAUAUCUUUAGGAACAUUUGCUGUGGUUUGUCUAAUGGUUGGUCACGUUGUUGACAGAGAAGUAGAGCAUUCUUUGUCACCCACGCCAACAGCACCAGCUACUACCAACCAGCCCCCUGGUGGCUCAACUGGUGUAGUAUUACAGAAUUCAAUUUAUAAGCAUGAGUCUGAUGGCAGUUCGCUGGAUGAACAGGACUUGCUGGAUGAAAAGAAGUUAGAAGUUGCCGUGGCACUUUCAAUGCUUGUUGGUCUUCUACAGCUUUUAAUGGGUCUAUUCAAGCUUGGUUUUGUGGCAGUUUAUUUAUCUGAUCCUAUCAUUAGCGGUUUCACAACUGGUGCAGCAAUUCUGGUUUUCACCAGUCAGGUGAAACACAUCCUGGGAUUAGAGGUUCCACGAUAUUCUGGAGCAUUCGCUGUAGUUAAGACCUAUUUAUUUAUGUUCAAGAAUAUUACUCUUUCUGUACCAGGAUCAGUUAUCACUGGGGUUGUCUGUAUCCUGAUCCUGAUUGCUCUGAAGUACAUCAGUGAGAAGCUGAAGCACAAAAUGAAAUUUCCUAUACCAGCUGAAUUAAUAGUGGUUGUUCUCGGGACAGUGGUGUCCUAUUUUGUUGGAUUAAAUGAAAAAUUUCAAGUUUCAGUUCUGCAUGACAUUCCUAAGGGGUUACGAGUACCAUCUGCUCCGUCUUUCAUGCUAAUGGGCAAUAUCGUGACAGAUGCCAUAGUGAUCUCCAUUGUUAUAUUUGCUACAAACAUAUCUUUGGCCAAAACAUUUGCCAAGAGGAAUAAUUAUGUAAUUGAUUCCAAUCAGGAACUGAUUGCUUGUGGAUCUGCAAAUGUACUUGGUUCCUUUUUUUCUUGUUUCCCUGUGAGUGGUUCACUUUCCAGGUCAGUGAUUCAAGAGAGCAUUGCAAGAACACAGCUCUGCAGCAUCCCAGUUGUUGUAGUCAUUAUCAUGGUGUUGCUUUUUAUAGCACCUCUUUUCUAUCACUUGCCAAAGGCGAUACUGGCUGCUGUAGUAGUUGUUGCACUAAAGGGGUUGUUUCGACAGUUUAGCAGACUGGUACAGUUGUGGAGAAUGUGUAAGCCUGAUGCUGUUGUUUGGUUUGCUGCUUGGUUAGGAGUGGUACUGCUUGGUAUUGACAUUGGAUUAGGAGUUGGUGUCAUCAUGGCAUUGUUAGUGGUAAUCUGGAAGUCAUCCAGACCUCCUGCUUCCCUUCUUGGUCAGAUACCCAACACUGGAAUUUACAGAGACAUCCAAAGGAUACCUUCAGCACAGCCAAUUCCUGGAAUAAAAAUUUUCAGAUUUGAGUCUGCUAUGUUUUACGCCAAUUCAGAAUACUUUCGGAGCACUUUGAUAGAAAUGACUGGAGUUGAUCCACAGAAUCCAAACAAACGCAGCCGCCUCGGUAGCUCAGCAGUGCGCUAUAGACACCGUGAGGAGGAUACUGGGGGCCCGGCAAUAGAAAUAACAAGGACUGUUGCUGUUUCAAUAAACAGGGCUGUGGAGAAUGGGGAUGUGGAGGUUUCGCUUAAUGAUCUUGGUAAUCAGCGGAGUCCCUCAGGAUACGAUCCAAUCCCUACUCAUGCCAUCAUAAUUGACGCUAGCACUUUCAAUUUUAUUGACACCCAAGGUGUGAACACUCUGUUGCAGCUUGGUGUAGAAUAUGAAAAGAUUGGAGUAAAAUUCUAUUUGGCGCACUGUCGAUAUCACAUACGAGAAAUGUUAGAGAAAGCUGGCUUUACAGCAAGAAUAGGAACAGAACAUUUGUUUGUGUCUGUACAUGACGCAGUGACACACGCUGUUGGAAUUCACUCUGAGGAUGCUUCCUAUUCGUCUCCUGUGAUGAGCGACACUGAAUCAGCAUUGGGGGCUGGACCUUCUAAUCAACAGGUAGAAGAAUGAAUUACACUCGACGAUUUGAAAUGACUUGUGAAGCUAAUCGAAGAACAUAAGAAAUCCCACACAAGGGAUUUUAACUCAUUUACUAUUUUGCAACAUGUAGAUACCCAGAAGACGAUUUCAAUCAUAACAAACGAAGAGUGUCCGAUUUUUAUUUCUCAGAAUAUUUCCAGUGAAAUGAAUGAAUUUGCCAUCUAGCUGAGAUAUCAAAACCUCUCACAUAAGACGGUUUUUUUUUUUCCUGAGUUUAAAGUUCUACUCAUUUUACGAGAUAUAUUCUUUUUUCACAUUUUCACUCGCGUGGUAAGCAGUCAUAUGAAUUUAUUGAAACAAAAGCUCGAAAAUUUAGCUCCAGCGGGUUUAUAAUUUCGCUUGAACUCGGACGUUGAUUUAAAAGGAAAAUGGAAGGUUUGCACACAGGAUAGAACCAGUCAAUUAUAACUAGGAGUGACUGGCUUCUAAUUUCUCCAUACAGUGUCACCCUUGAAUCAAAGAUAAAGCUCAUGAGAAUAAAGGAAAUGAUCACUAAUUUUAGAAGCUGCUGAUCAUCAAACAAAUUCCCUUUGUCAGUAGCACAGGAAAUGUGAAAGAAAUACUGUAGAGAAUUUGAAAACUAAUGUUAGGGUGAAGCGUUGAGAGAGAAAAGUGCAAGGACUAUUAGGACGAAACCACCGUGUGCAUAGCCUUGGGUAGAUAGCGCACUGUGUUAACCCGGACACCCUAACAUCAGUAUGUAAUUUCUCCCAACUGUUCUCCUUACAUUUUCUCUGGUACUUUUAAGGAGAAUUUAUCCUGCAAUCAAGAGCUUCUUGGAGAUCCUGAUUCAUAUCUUUCAUUAUCAUGACUUUCAUGUUUGAUUCAAUGGGUGAUACUGCUGGCAGAAAUCAGAUGCGUAUCACUUUUAUAACCAACGUAAAGCGCGCGCUCUGAUUGGUUAAUGCAGCGUCCACCGUUUGCCCAUGGGUGUGCGCUGCUGACGUGAGCAAAUGCACGGAUUGGUUUUUCGUGCGCGCUUGUUUAUUCUGGUCACGUAAGAUUUGUUACAUAAAAGAAAACUCUUUUGCUACAAUAUAUCAAUGUUAUGUUGUAAAACAGA